CGAGGAUUGAGAAUCAUUACCGCGAACCAUGGAGCUGGGUGACAGAGUUUAUGCUGCGGAGCGGAUUACGAAGAAGAGGGAAAAGCGGGGCAAGAUCGAAUAUCUUGUUAAAUGGAAAGGAUGGAGCAAAAAAUACAACACAUGGGAACCAGAAGAGAAUAUCUUGGAUGUUAGAUUAAUUGAACUGUAUGAGGAAAGUCAAAAGGGUGAAGUGCCCACCAGAAGGCCGAGGCGAAGGGAUACUAGAUACAACGAACAACUGUCUAAUCUUGUCGUCGAUGAGGAGCCCGGCGGAGACGAAAGGGUAGGUGAAGAUAGUCAAGAUGAAUCAACAACGGGCAGCACUUCGGCUCCUCGUUUAAAUUCAGUAGCCCCCGACGAGGACACACUUCCAAGUUCCUUAGACAGCCAUGAAUCUCCGACACCGCCAGAAUUAGUAUCAACGUUCAGCGUCGAUUCUGACAGUUCAAACAGCAGUAUGGACAUUCCCCUUUUGCCGAGAAAAGAACGUAUGAAGAGGAAGGCAGAAGUUCUUAGUCAAUCCGGCAAGAUUGGAGUAACAAUUACUACGAGCAGUCCUAGUAGUGGCAGUGGUAGUCCGCCCCCAAACAAAGUUCCUCGAUUAUUACCCUUGAAAAACAAUUCCACAACUCCAUCUUAUCAUAGUCAUAAAGCUAACGGUCAAAAUCAAAGAAGGCCAUCAUCCUCUAGCUUGAAAUCGACGCCGGAAGAACCUCUACCAGCAGUUCCGACGACGCCGGCGCCGGCAAUACAGGAUAAGAAGCGUCCCGAAGCUGACGUACCUCACGGUCCACCACCAUCUCUUCCACGUGCACCGCUGGCACCGCUGGCACCGCUGUCUCCUCAAAUAGAUACACCUUUGGAGCAAUCCGCAACGAAGAAGAAGCAAUUAUUAGAGCAGAAGCAGGAUAAAUCAAACGGUGCAGUCACGGCUGCUGACAAAGCAAACGGUCACAAAUCACCCAGUCCUACGGACUCUUACACCAAUAACAAUAGGUUACCUACUGUCGUGAAUGGACACCACAGCCCUAAUAACAACAACAACAACAACAAUAACAACAAUAGUUUGAAUGUCAAGCAAACUGAGAUUCCAAAGUCAGAAAUCUAUGUUCCGCUUACAAGUCCCGGCACGGAUUAUUGGCAUGCGAGAAACCCCGUGGCGGAUCAAGUGUUUAUCACGGACGUUACAGUUAAUCUAAAGACCGUUACUAUCAGGGAGUGCAAGACUGAAAAGGGUUUCUUUCGAGAAAGAGAUCCUAAAGAAACCCUUUGAGCUUCAAGAAUGAUAUCUGUUAUUUUUGAUGGUUCUGCAUCGAGAAUAUCCACUUCGAGUUGUAUUGAAUAAUGUGUAAAUAUAAAUUAUUUUCACACGUCGAACAUUAAGGUGAAGAUAUAAUUAUAAUACUAAACUUUAUUCUCUUGAUUGAUGAAGAUGACGUCACAUAGUGCUGCAAUGAAAAUUGCAGAGUUGAGUAUUGCGCAAAAAUCUGACUUAAAGCACUGAUCAGAUUCGCAUGAAUCUCGAAUAGAGACUCUUAAAUCGAGAUCGACCGAUCAUGACAUGAAGAUUCGUGAGAUCUUUUUUUCAAAAUUGAAAAUUGAUCGAUAUGUUCAGAUGUUCUGUGUAAAUUGAUUGUAAAAAUUAACGAGAUAUCGGUAUGAUAAGUUCAUUGUAUACCGAGUAUAUGUCAUACCUAUUGUCAACAUAUUUUAAAAAGCUUGAUAGAUUUUAAAUACAUGCGGAGCAGAUCUGGAAAACUUAGAGAAUAUUACAUCUUCGAGUUGAUUUUAUUAUUUGCUUAUUUUAGAACGCUAUAAUGAAAUGCUAUAAAAUAAAAUCUUUAACUUUUGUUUUUAUACUAUGGAAUAUAUAUUAUACACGCGAGAUGUCUAGAAAAAAAAGUAUUUUUCUAAUUCGUUUUUAGAAUAUUGAAACUGCUUCGCAGAAGCAAUUGGGAGGGGAGGGGGGGGACGUUUCGAGUUAUUUUGAAAAAGAGAAUUAAUUCUCAACGCAUUAUAAUAUAUCUAAUUCAUCGAUGAACUUUUGUUAUGUGUUGAGAAAUAGAAUAUUAAAAGAAAAAUAUGAUGAAAUUAAAUCUUAAAGGUACACAAGAACAUGAACGAUCCAAAAAUUUUGGACAAAAAUAUCAUGUUUGAUUCGAAGAAAGAUUGCAUAAUUGUAUAUAAAGAGAGUAUUUGAACCAUUGUUAAUAGUGCUGCGUUUUUAUUUCUUCGAGUUUGAUGAACUAACUCGCAAUAUCGUUUAGCAAUGCAUUUUCAUCGAAUACUUCAUUCGAUUUUAUAUUAUUCCUCGUGUAUAAUUAAGUAUUUUUAUUUAGUGUAGAAGGUCCCGCAUAUCGACUGUUACACUCUCAAGAUCAUUGAAUAUCUCUUAGUGAAUCUACUAUAUCGGAAUUAUCUAUCUAUCUAUCUAUAUAUCUAUAUAGAUAUAUAGAUAUUUAUAAAUAGAUAGAUAGAGAGAGAAGGAGCCACCAGAUGGAUGCCUUCUUUGAUGCAAAAGCGAAUAUUAAAAUUAGUACAACAAUCCAAAUCUGAUCAAGAAUAUGCUACUAUUACCGUUUCAGCGAUGCUGCACGAUGCAUAUUUUAUGUGCACUUUCACAAUCAUAAUGAUAUAGUUAAAUCUAUGUUAUCUAAGAUUGACAUAGCAAUCAAUUUUCCUCAUUAUCAUUACUCUGCAGUGCGUCAUCAUUCGUUUUUUUUCCACAGUAAAUGGUCCCAUUACGCAGCAAAGGCAGCUUAAGACUGCUUUAUAAUCACAUAAAUGAGAAUUUUGUUUCCAAACUUACAAGAACAAAUCCAAAUAAAAUUUAAAAAAAAAUUAGCUAUUUACAAAUGGUUUGUAAUGCCAUAGUUGAUGCUGUGUGUGUUUAAAUAAUUUAAAAUAACUUUAAAUCUUUUCUCUUUUUAACAAGAAUUGAAGAAAUAAUGUACUAUUUGCAGACACGGUAUAUCUUUUUCUUUCUCAUUUUCCUAUUUUCUUCAUUUUUUUAUUAGCUAUUGCUUUUUUCUCUAUAAUUUUUAGAUUCGUUUUCUAAUUAUUAAAUCUUGUUCCUUUGUUUCUCUGCAGAGCAAAUCAUAUGUGAUGUUACUGAAGAUAAAAAAAAA